GGAGUCUAAUAAGAAGCCUGUGCGCUGUGAGACUUUCAAAGGCAGCAGACAGGACCAUGCUGAGAGUAGCUUUAACACUGGCCUGAGUUCAAGUCAGUAACUGUGCUCAACAUUGCUUGACCCCACCAAAAAGAACAUCCAGGACUGAAAACAACGUGGUCAGAUGGAGGAAAAGUUUUGGAAGGAUCAUUGUGUGCUUCUCAACAAGGAUGAAGAAAAUGAGCUGGAGAUUUUUGGCUACAAAACUCAAGGCUGCCGAAAGGCCUUGUGCAUUGCUGGAUACAUCUUGUCCUGUGGGGCUCUGCUGCUGCUCUUCUACUGGAAGCCAGAGUGGGAUGUGUGGGCAAACUGCACCCGCUGCAGCUUGGAAGAAGCGGACAUUGUUCUGCUCAGAACAACAAUCAGAUGUAUCCAGGUGCAGAAAAUCCGUUAUAUUUGGGACUUUUCUGUAAAAGAAUUCAAGAAAGUUGGAUCAUUAGAAGACAGCAACACAUGUCACAGCAUACACCACAAGUUUGGAGCUGGCCUCACAAGGGAAGAACAGAAGAUCAGGCAGCUGGUGUGUGGGCCUAAUGCCAUCGAAGUUGAAAUUCGUCCUAUUUGGAAGUUACUUUUUAAAGAGAUUUUAAACCCCUUCUACGUGUUCCAAGCCUUCACCCUCACGCUGUGGCUGAGCCAAGGCUACACUGAGUAUUCAGUGGCCAUCAUAAUCCUGUCGAUCAUUUCUGUUGGCUUAACCGUGUAUGACCUCAGACAGCAGUCUACCAAGCUGCAUGACCUCGUUGAGGAGCAUAACAAAGUCCAGGUUACAGUCUGCACGAAGAGCGAAGGUUGUGAAGAGCUGGAGUCUUGUUACUUAGUCCCUGGAGACAUGCUUCUUUUAGAUGGAAAAAAGCUCUCUCUCCCAUGUGAUGCUGUCCUGAUUGAUGGAAGCUGCAUUGUGAAUGAAGGGAUGCUCACAGGUGAAAGCAUUCCAGUUACUAAAACCCCCUUGCCCCUCGUGGAGAGUCCGAUGCCCUGGAAAACCCACAGCAUGGAAGACUAUAGGAGACACGUCCUCUUUUGUGGGACAGAAGUCAUACAGGUGAAGCCGACGGGUAGAGGGCCAGCGAGAGCCGUCGUGCUGCAAACUGGGUUCAAUACAGCUAAAGGUGACCUGGUGAGAUCCAUCCUCUACCCCAAGCCGGUGAACUUCAAACUCUACAGAGAUGCCUUCAAGUUCAUUGUAGGCCUCUCCGUCAUUGGCAUGUUUGGGCUCAUCUACACCGUGUGUGUGUUCGUGUCCCACAAGAAGCCGGUGGCAGAUGUGGUGGCUAUGGCCCUCCUCCUCCUCACCGUGGCUGUGCCUCCCGCUAUCCCUGCUGCCUUGACAACAGGCACUGUUUAUGCCCAAAGGAGGCUGAAGAAAAAGAAGAUUUUCUGCAUCAGCCCACAGAGGAUUAAUAUCUGCGGGCAGAUCAACCUUGUUUGCUUUGACAAAACGGGCACGCUGACAGAAGACGGACUGGACCUGUGGGGUGUCAUCCCUUCUGAGGGAAGCCGGUUUCAGAAAAUCCAUAAGUUCCCAUCCAGCACUCCUCUGCCCUGGGGACCUGUGUGCGGAGCCAUGGCGAGCUGUCAUUCACUGGUUGUGUUGGAUAAGAAGAUUCAAGGAGAUCCACUGGACUUGAAAAUGUUCGACGGCACACACUGGGAGGUAGAAGACUCCAGCACAGCUCAGGAUGGGGCUGGUGCCCUUGACACCUGCAUCGUUAGACCGGGGCCGAAGGCCAGCGAUGCUCCUGUGGAAGGAAUAGCAAUCUUACAUCAAUUCCCAUUUUCUUCUGGGCUGCAGAGGAUGUCUGUUGUUUCACAGAAGAUCGGCGAGGAACAGUACGACCUGUACAUGAAAGGAGCACCAGAAAUAGUGUCCAGCUUUUGUAGACAAGAUACUGUCCCAGCUGAUUUCUUAAAGGAGCUUAAGACGUACACAAGCCAAGGCUUCAGAGUCAUUGCCCUGGCCCAUAAAGUGCUAAACCUAGGAAAGGAUGUAGAUGUGAGCAACCUAAACAGAGAGGAAGCAGAGUCUGGGCUGGAGUUCCUGGGCCUCCUGGUGAUGGAGAACCGCCUGAAGCAGGAGACGAAGCCUGUGUUGCGGGAGCUGGCUGCCGCCCACAUCAGGAAUGUCAUGGUCACAGGGGACAACUUGCAGACAGCUGUCACGGUGGCCAGGAAUGCGGGUAUGAUUCACACGGGCAGCAAAGUCAUCCUCAUCGAAGCAAACGAACCGGAGGGCUCCGCUCCAGCUUCCAUUGCCUGGCAAUUGGCAGAAGACCGCAAAGAAAACACAGCUGUUCUCUCUGAGGUAUGUGCUAACACUGAGGAAAAGAUCACCUUGGAAGGAGAAACCUGCAACUACCAUUUUGCAAUGAAUGGAAAGUCCUAUCAGGUUAUUAUAAAGCACUUCUACAGCUUGCUGCCAAAAAUACUGGUGAACGCGACUGUCUUUGCUAGGAUGUCUCCUGGCCAGAAAUCCAGCCUUAUUGAAGAGUUUCAGAAACUCGAUUACUACGUGGGUAUGUGUGGUGAUGGUGCCAAUGACUGCGGGGCUUUGAAAAUGGCCCACGCAGGGAUAUCACUGUCAGAGCAGGAGGCAUCCGUGGCCUCGCCUUUCACCUCCCAAAUCCCCAACAUCCAGUGUGUGCCGGAGCUGAUCAGGGAAGGUCGAGCUGCUUUGGUUGCUUCCUUCGCUGUGGUUAAAUACCUGACCCUUUAUGGCCUGAUUCAGUUUGUUGGUACCGCUCUACUCUUUUGGCAACUGCAAAUCUUUGGGAUUCACCAGUAUUUGAUACAAGACGUCAUCAUUACCCUUCUGGUUUGCCUAACAAUGAGUUUGACUGAAGCCUAUCCAAAGCUGGCACCUUAUCGCCCUCCCGGCCAGCUCACCUCUCCUCCUCUGCUGCUCUCCAUCACCCUCAACGUCUGCUUUACCAUAAUCAUGCAAACCUGUGGCUUCCUUCUGGUGAAGCAGCAGCCCUGGUAUGUAGUGCUAGCCGGCCAGAGAUAUGGCUCUCCAGGGAACCAGACCGUGUCCCCCACCAGCCCAGGGGAAAACAGUACCAGCAGUGGUGCCCAGAGCACUGUCCUCAGUUAUGAAGACACUACGCUGUGGCCACUGUCUUCUAUCAACUGCAUCAUUGUGGCCUUCGUCUUUUCCAAGGGAAAGCCUUUCCGGAAGCCCAUCUACACCAACUGUGAGUAG